AUGGUUAUUAUAUUGACACAUGCCAGAAUAAAAGAUGCGCAUGGAAGUUAUCCAGCUUCAGUGAUCAAUUCCUUCAAGGCGUCAAAACUAUUGAUUAAUGAUCCUAUAUUGGAAAUUCAGGAAUUUAAAGAGAGGCUUUUAGAUUUAGGUGUUGAGGUGACUCCAGUUUUACUACCUGGCGAUCAAGCAAGUUCACAAAUUUCAGGGGGAAGCCAGCUAUCAUCAAAGGAUUUGUUUCUUUCAAAAGCUGAAGUCAAAACUAUUUUUGAGAUCAAUGGCAUUUCUGAGGUGGACCUGAAAACUGACAUCCAAACAGGACCAUUCACAUGCGGAUGUGGCAAGGAUAAUGAUCAGCCUGUUCUGAGGUAUAGAGUUGAAGUCAUGGUUACCCAAAACAAUGAGAGUAGCAAGUUUUUGCUCUGGUACCGUGAAUGUGCUGAAUUGAUUGGUGAAACAGCUGAUGAUGUGAAUAGGGUCAAGAUUGAAGAUGGUGAUCUUGAUUUGAAUGCUUCCCCUCAAGCACUCGACAAAUUGUUGGGUCAUGUGUUUGCUUUUAAGGUCAGGAUUCAAUCAAAAUUCAAAAAUGCAGUUGUUCUUAGAUACUCAAAUGACCUAGAUUUGAUCAAUGUUGUUCUCGAGAUGCUGCCUGAUAAUGAGGCAUGUUCCAAAAUAGAUCCUUCCAAUGUUGAUUGCAAUAAUACUACGCAUGUUGAAUGUAACUAUCAACAUGCAAAGAGAUGUGAUUCUGCAAAAGCGAGGAUCAACCAAAAACGUAUUAUGCAGCAGAAGCGACAUGCUUAUGCUCAGUCAUCUUCACAACCAACAGUUAAUUGCACUUCAGAAUAUAAUAGUGAGACAUCUGAUAUAGCAUGUUCUACAAGAAAUCAAUUUACAUAG